AUGGCAACUAUGGAAAGGUUCAUGUGGGUCUACGAUGAGAUCCGGAAUUUCCUGCUGCACCAGGUGGGCACAGACUACGAGAUGGAUCCCAACCGUAUCAGUUACCUGCGCCAGAUGAUGGACACAACAUGCCUUGGGGGCAAGUACAACCGGGGUAUCACGGUGUUGAAUGUAGCCGAGGCGAUCUUGUCUGCUGCCCCACACGAUGAGGCAACAAAGGAGCGCGUGCGGCACGACGCCUGCGUUUGCGGCUGGAUGAUUGAGUUCCUGCAGGCCCACUUCCUAGUGGAGGAUGACAUCAUGGACAACAGCAAGACACGCCGCGGCAAGCCGUGCUGGUACCGUUACCCCGGCGUCACCACGCAGAGCGCCAUCAACGAUGGCCUCAUUCUGAAAGCGUGGGCCAACAUGAUGGCACUGCACUACUUCGCGGAACGCCCGUUCCUAGAAGCACUGCUGCGCCGCUUCCAUACCGUCGACUACAUUACCACGAUUGGACAGCUGUACGAUGUGACCUCCAUGUAUGACUCCAAUAAGCUCUCCCCAGAGGUGGCACGACCGAUAACAACCGACUACGCCGAGUUCACCAUCGAAANGACCUCCAUGUAUGACUCCAAUAAGCUCUCCCCAGAGGUGGCACGACCGAUAACAACCGACUACGCCGAGUUCACCAUCGAAAAUUACAAGCGCAUCGUCAAGCACAAGACAGCGUACUACACGUAUCUGUUGCCGCUUGUCAUGGGUCUCAUUGUAAGCGGUGCGACCACCUCCGUUGAUAUGGCUGUGACGGAGCACAUCGCCAUGCUGAUGGGCGAGUACUUCCAGGUGCAGGAUGACGUGAUGGACUGCUUCACGCCCCCUGAGAAGCUCGGCAAGAUCGGUACUGACAUCGAGGACGCUAAGUGUUCGUGGCUCGCCGUGACGUUCCUUGGCAAGGCCAACGAUGCNCUCGGCAAGAUCGGUACUGACAUCGAGGACGCUAAGUGUUCGUGGCUCGCCGUGACGUUCCUUGGCAAGGCCAACGAUGCGCAGGUGGCGGAGUUCAAGGCGAACUAUGGCAGUGAGGAGCCGGCGAAGGUGGCGGUAGUAAAGCGGCUCUAUGGGGAGACGCAUCUGCAGGCGGAAUUCGCUGCAUACGAGACUCAGGUUGUGGAGCAGGUGGAGGCGCUCAUUGCGCAGCUGAAUGCCUCCUCACCGGCAUUUGCGGCGAGUGUCGCGACGCUCUGGGGUAAGACGUACAAGCGGCAGAAGUAA